AUCAGACGCACAGUAUCAUAUUGACAGUGCAGAAUAUUCAAGAAGACACAUGUUAAUAAGAGAUGCACCGAUGUAUCGGUCACUAAUAUUUAUUAAACCAAUUAAACCAUCGGCCUAUCGGUCACUGCAUGAAAACACUGAUACGAAAAAACAAUGUUUAAUUAUAAUUAAGUUAAUAAUUGCGCGGUAGAUCGUUUAUAAUAUUUUCUGUGUAAUAUAAAGAAACACUUUAAUAAAUUAAAUCUGAAAAAGUAUUAUAAUGAAUUUGUAAUGUUCUAUUAUAAUUAGAGAUCGAGCGAUAUAUCGGUUAGCAGCAAAAGUCUGUCAAUAGUUGCCCAUCAUCAUUUCAAAAUAAGAGUCCCCAGUGUGUUUUGGGUUUGUUUAUAAUUAAAAGCGUUAUGCACCGAAUCUGUUUCGAUUUUGGUUAAACAAAAAACUGCAUCUGGGAUUUUAUUCAUUUUGGACUGUUUGUCUUUGCCCGCCAUAAUAAAUCAAGUUAUUGUUUUAUUAAAUUUUUUUCCCAUUAAUUUUAAAAACUAUCGGCAAAUUAAUCAGUUACCGGCCUUUCCCCUCCACCUUCGUUAUCGGUAUCAGAAUCCACUAUCGGUCGUCCUCUGAUUAUAAUGUCAAAUAUGAGUUCUAUUGUUACGGACUAAAAAAUAAAAGGCGUUGUAAGUGAUUUUAUCAUGGAGAGGUUUGCAAUAAAUGUGUCCGCGGUCUCUGACGCUUUCCACCUGUCAAUCAUUUGACAUGUUCUCAUAGUGUUGCAGCUGCAGUGAAUUAUUGAGGCUUAAUGACAUUUUUAUGCCGUGUAGUUCAUAACAGUCGCCAGUAGAGGCGCUAUUUCACUGCUGUUGUGUUUAACAACCGUUUCUGAUCGUGUCGGCCUCAGUAAAGCUCAUGUCGAGGUCUGGGUAUCUCAGCGAGUAUUGACGCUGACUAUCACACCUGGAGUCGUGAGUUUGAAUCCAGGGCGUGCUGAGUGACUCCAGUCAGGUCUCCUUAGCAACCAAAUUGGCCCGUUUGCUAGGGAGUGUAGAGUCACAUGGGGUAAACAAAUUGGGCCGGUUGCUAGGGAGGGUAGAGUCACAUGGGGUAAACAAAUUGGGCCGGUUGCUAGGGAGGGUAGAGUCACAUGGGGUAAACAAAUUGGCCCGGUUGCUAGGGAGGGUAGAGUCACAUGGGGUAAACAAAUUGGGCCGGUUGCUAGGGAGGGUAGAGUCACAUGGGGUAAACAAAUUGGGCCGGUUGCUAGGGAGGGUAGAGUCACAUGGGGUAAACAAAUUGGGCCGGUUGCUAGGGAGGGUAGAGUCACAUGGGGUAAACAAAUUGGCCCGGUUGCUAGGGAGGGUAGAGUCACAUGGGGUAACCAAAUUGGCCCGGUUGCUAGGGAGGGUAGAGUCACAUGGGGUAACCAAAUUGGGCCGGUUGCUAGGGAGGGUAGAGUCACAUGGGGUAACCUCCUCGUGGUGGUGAUUAGUGGUUCUCUCAAUGGGGCGUGUGGUGAGUUGUGUGUGGAUCGUGGAGAGUAGCAUGAGCCUCCACAUUCUGUGAGUCUCCGCGGUGUCAUGCACAAGGAGUCACGUGAUCAGAUGCGCCGAUUGACGGUAUCAGACGCGGAGGCAACUAAGACUCGUCCUCCGCCACCCGGAUUGAGGCGAGUAACCGCGCCACCACGAGGACCUGCUAAGUAGCGGGAAUUGGUAACCAAUAUAUGGAUCUACCUCUACUGUGAAUGACACAAGAGUUGCUCUCCCUACACUCUCAAACUACUUCUAUAUUUGUAUAUUUCUGAAUUUGAACUUUAAAUAUAUAGUUUCUAUACUUCUAACUUUUCUUUAAAAAUGCAAAAAUCUGGGUUGCAGUGAGGCACUUACAGCAAUGAUUGGGAUGCACACAUGCUAUUUAUGACAGAAUACUACUCUUACUAUGUCUGCCUUAAAUAAUGAGUAGUAAAGUUUACUAACUGUUUACUAACUGUUUACUAACUGUUGACUAACUGUUGACUAACUGUCCGUGUUUGUCAGUGUUACAGUUUAGUCCUCCCUGGUUUGUGUGACUGCCCCCUACAGACGGGAGGAGUGAGUGAACGUCACCAUGAACAACAAAGACAGCACUACAGAGUCUGAGAGCGGUGGUCAGAUGAAAGUGUUUUUGCCCAAUAAACUGUUGGAGUGUUUACCGCACACCACCACGUUACCCAAAGAGAGACUGCGCUGGAACACUAAUGAGGAAAUCGCCUCCUUCCUGAUAUCAUUUGACAGACAUGAGGAGUGGCUGUCCUGCGGUCUGAAGACCAGGCCACAGAACGGUUCAGUUAUCCUGUACAAUCGCAAGAAAGUCAAAUACCGUAAAGAUGGAUACUGCUGGAAGAAACGGAAAGACGGGAAGACGACAAGAGAGGAUCACAUGAAGCUGAAGGUGCAGGGCAUGGAGUGUCUUUACGGUUGUUAUGUUCAUUCCUCCAUCGUCCCCACAUUCCACAGGAGGUGCUACUGGCUCCUGCAGAAUCCAGACAUAGUUCUAGUGCACUACCUGAAUGUGCCCUCACUAGAGGACAGUGGGAAGACAUGCGGGCCGCUGGCGUGUGCCCGGGCCGACCGCCGCGACAGUCUGCGCUGGAGCCGAGAUGAACUGGUCUCACAACUCAAACCCAUGUUCCACAGUAUGAAGUGGUCUUGUGGAGGGAACGGUUCAGUGGAACUCUCAGUGGAGCAGAUGGUGCAACAGAUCCUAGAAACCCAACAGACCAAACCACAACCACGAACACACACCUGCCUAUGCGCAUCUCCCGGCUCCAACAUUCCUCACCGCUGCAAUAGCACCAAACAUCGCAUCAUCUCCCCCAAACUGCCCACCUGCCCCUCCACUUACCCCGCCCACACCGAGCUGCAGAAUCUGAGCAAUGAGGGCUCAGGAGCGGAGGUCAAACGAGAGGUGGGACCAGGCGAUGCGUUAGUCGCUGUUGUGCCUUCAGAGAGGAAGCAGUCGCCCAGUAAGCCAGAAGACUCGGGGCAAGCCAUUAGUGAGGAAACAGGGGGUGUGGCUUCACCAUGCUCCGCCUCUUCAUCCUCCUCCUCUUCGAGUCCGCCGCUAAUCCAACAGGAAGCAACCGUCGCAGUUAGCAAUGGAAACAUGUUCUAUGGUGACCAGCGGGGUGGACUCGCUACCGUGGCCCUGCCGCAGAAUGCUGUCAUUGUCAUGACGACAGCUGCACCAGUGGGGCGUGGCGGCGAGGAGUCGAAGAGCGAGGUGGGCUCCACCCGAUUGUCGCUCACUCCUGUGGGCGGGCGGCUUGUCUUGUCUCCGGUAAUGCCCAAACUUGAUACGCCCUGUCCUCCAAGUACUGUCUCGCCGCCAAAUCCCAACCCGGCCAACCAGGGCGUGGCCACACUGUCACUCACUUUAAUGCCCAGCCCUGUGAUUGGAGGACUGCUCCUUGCUGAGCGCAUUAUUCCGGAAGCACACGGGACACUCCUGCACCCGGCGUCUCCAUCACCCUCACUGCUCCCAUUUGACCCCGACUCUUUCCUCAACAGCCCUAAACAGGGGCAGACUUACGGAGGCCCCACCCUCCUGCCCCACAGCUCUGCUCACUCUUUUUCUAGCCCCUCCCCAUCCCCACCCCCCUCCACGUCUCCUCAGCCCCCGUUCCUCACCCAGUCUCUUUCGCCCACUUCUCCGCCAUCAUCUCUGUUUUCUUUCUCUUCUGAGAUGGAAAGGAAGAUCAACCGGGGUCAUCCAGCCUCCAGCCCCGCCUCUCUGUCUUCUUCCCUCUCUCUUUCGCUCUCUCCAACUCGCUCUACGCCCGCACUGCCUCCUUUGUGUCUGGAGUCGUCUUUAGGUCUCGAUUCGAUGACACCACCACUGAGUCCCACCCUUGGUAUGCAGGAGUCCCCUCAAGCUCCUCCUACUGGAUUUGACACUCAAGCCAAUCAGCAGCGCUCACCUUCCCAACACAUGGACAACCAUUUGGCAUCCACCAAUCAACUCCCAACGACCCAAAUAACGCAAAGUCAACCCUCCCUUGAAGUCCUACCGAGCAAUCAGUUGCCUCCAGAAGCAGAGAAGGCAGAUUUUAGACAGCAGCCACUUCAGGUGCAGUCUUGUCUCCUGGCAACCCACUCAACGUGCAUUCAACAGCAACAUUUGACCUCUCCUCCAGCCACGCCCACAAUUGCAAGGGCGAGUUCCAUACAAGUGAAGGAAGAACAAUCCCCGCCCACUCAGGGGACGUUUGAAUCAGAAGUGACUCCUAUGGAUACCACCCACAGUUUUGUCUCGGCUCACAAUGAGGAGGCGGGACUCGCGUUUGACUCCACCUUCCCUGACUUCAUAUCUAAGCUGAUUACCGACGAGACCAUGAGCCACACCUCCACCCCAGCCCCACCUGUUUACCCCGUCAGGUACAUGGUUCCACCUCAGCCGACACCGUCCACCUCGUUCCUGCCCUUCCCUCUCCUUACAAACACCCACUCACUAGCGGCCAGUGGCUCACCUGAGGAUGCCCAACGCUUGGCCAACAUCACAGACUUCUCACCUGAGUGGUCGUACCCAGAGGGUGGAGUGAAGUUGUUGAUCACAGGUCCGUGGUCUGAAACGGAUGGCCAAUACGCAUGUGUGUUUGAUCAGAGUCGAGUACCUGCUACUCUCAUUCAGCCAGGUGUGCUGCGCUGCUACUGCCCAGCUCAUGAAGCUGGACUUGUCACUCUUCACGUGUUGAAGGAUUGUAGUGCCAUCUCCACUUCUGUGCUGUUUGAGUAUCGUGCCCGCAACGCGUCAUCCUUACCGAGCUCUCAGCUGGACUGGUUAUCUCUGGAUGAUAAUCAGUUCAGGAUGUCGAUUCUGGAGCGGUUGGAGCAGAUGGAGCGCAGGAUGGCAGAAAUGACCAACAACAAUCAACAACAACAUCAACAUGAGAAUCAUCAUCAUCAUCAUCAUCAUCAUCAAAGUCAUGCACCUCGAUUAACACCUGAGAACCAAUCGGGUCUGUGGUUCGAGCGGAGAAUCGUAGCAGUGUGUGAGCAGAUGAUGUUGAGCGGUCGGUGGAUUCGAGACCCUGAGAUGGACAGACUCACACACUCCGUCAGACACAGAGGAAUGACACUACUGCACCUCGCUGCUGCACAGGGAUACACACAACUCAUAGACACACUCAUCCACUGGAGGAGCAUCAGUGUCAAUAGUUUAGAUCUGGAACAGGAAGUGGAUCCUCUGAAUGUUGAUCAUUUCUCCUGCACACCUCUGAUGUGGGCGUGUGCUCUGGGUCAUCAGGCGGCUGCAGUGUUGUUGUACAGAUGGAGUAGUGCCGCUCUGGGGAUUCCUGAUUCUCUCGGUCGACUGCCGCUGGCCGUGGCACAUUCUCGUGGGCACACACGCCUGGCACGCUGUCUGGAGGAGUUACACACACACUCUCAGACACAACAACACACGCAAGACACAUCUUCACCUCCGUACAGACCCCUCUCACCGCUGUCCAGCAGCCCGGACACAGGUUUGAGUUCGUCCAGUAGCAUCCCCUCCCCCAGUGACCCGCCCUCGCCCUCCCCUAGCUCCGCCUACUCCAGCGGGUCGGUUCCUGAUCCCAUGGACUCCGCCUCUUCCCCCUCCUCCCCUCUCUCUGUCCCUCCCCCCGCCGAUUCGACCGACUUGCUCUUCCUAAUGGAUUACGAGGCGGCGAGCCCCCCGUCGCCGCCCCCGCCACACACGGACGCGCUCUCUCUGCACUCUGAACUCGCCAACGAGCUGCUCAACUACAGCGAGGACGCAGAGAACGUAGAUUACCUGUCCACUGAAGUCUUACAGGUCGACAUGGCAACACUUGCUGAAGAGAUCAUCGAGGCCACGCCUGAGCGAAUCAAACAGGAGGAGUUUAACCGGGAGGCGGAGUCACCGCUCCGAGAGAGGCGGGACAAUCCUGCUAUUCAUGACACCAUGCCCUGGCUCGCAACAUACCUGGACACGGUCGACAGGAGCCUGUGUCCCACCCCUCCCUGCCCCCUCAGUGAUUUGGCUCUACAGAGGCUCCGCCCUCCGAGUACUGCAGCGUGGGCGGAGUUCCUGAAUGCAUCAGCCAAUGGGAGGAUGGAGAGAGAUUUCGCACUGCUGACGCUCACAGACACCGAACAGAGAGAGCUGUAUGAAGCCGCACGCGUUAUUCAGAACGCAUUCCGCAGAUACAAGGGGCGGAGACUAAAGGAGCAGCAGGACAUGGCAGCCGCCAUUAUACAGCGCUGUUACCGCAAAUAUAAGCAGUACGCGCUAUAUAAGAAGAUGACACAAGCAGCUAUACUGAUUCAGAGUAAGUUUCGCAGUUAUUACGAGCAGAAGAAGUUUCAGCAGUCGCGGCGAGCGGCCGUGCUCAUCCAGCAGUAUUACCGCAGCUAUAAGGAGUACGAGCGAGUGAAACAGGGGCCGCGCGGCCCCGGGACCCUCAACACCAAGAUCAAAGGGUCGUUCCUGACAAAGAAACAGGAUCAAGCAGCGCGGAAGAUCAUGCGCUUCCUCAGACGCUGCAGACACAGGAUUAAGGAGCUCAAACAGAGUAAAGAACUGGAGCGGAGAGGACUGACCACCUGAACACACACACACACACACACAGUCAUGUUUACAGUCAUCUGUUUAAUAGCACUCUUCACACGGUAAUUGUUUCGCACAGGGACGUGAGGUAAUUCCAGGAUCUGCAGGGGCUAGUCAGUGAUUUAUUGCCGUCUGAAUGGAAGUGUCGUGAGUAACCCCGCUUUCGGUGCGCACCCGGAUUCGUAUGACAUCAUAGUUUGAUUCGUUUGGAUGAUGUGAACGCCAGACAGACGCAAGCGUUCUCUACGCCACUGAACAUUCGGUGCAACCGUUCUGAAGAAAAAUAUGAAACUGAUGAAAGAUAUCACAAAAAUUGACUUUCUUUCUUAUUUGAAUAAUUUUAAAUUAUAUCUCUGGGUGAAAAACUUUAGUGUUGUUCUCAAUCAUGUCGACUGUAUCUCAGAAACAUGUUUGUGUUGAUUCGACAAAUCAAAAGUUCCAACAUUACAAAUAUAAUUGAUCAUAGUGUCCAAAAACAUCUCCAAACAAAUAAAAGAUAAUAAUUGUACAUAAGAACUAAUUACACAUGCAAACACAACAAUGACUAAAGGUUUGCAUAGCAUGCAGACAUGAUUUUAGUCAUGAGAUUUCACAGAAUGAGUUUCAUUCUGUGUCAUUUGAGUCAUCAUUGAGUCUGUGUCAUGUAUUUGGCACCAUCUCCUGGUGGUCAUAUGUAACAUUGUGCUUCAUGUGGAUUAUCUAAUGAUCUAUACAUCUGAUUAUCUUGUGUGUGGACUCGUUUGAGAGAUAAUCACAGACUCUAAAUAAUCAUAUGUGAGAUUUUAUGUAUAUGAAGUUAUAAGCAGAAACGCAGCAUAUAAGCAACACUAACAUAAUUAUCAAAAACAUAUAUUUAGCUGUUACUCGCUAUAUUUCUCUUUGUGAGUAAAACAAAUCAGCUGGUUGUAUUUUACUCUUUGAGAUCUUUCCAACAACAUAUGACACAUGAAUAUUUGAUCAGUUUUGAUGUUUUUAUUGAUUGCAGUAAGUUUGAUGUUUAAGAGGCUUGUAUCACAGAAAAGUUGUAAAUGAUUCUCAUAAGUUCGCUGCUCCACUGUGUACCAAACAUUUACAAACUAACCGAACUCUUACUAUCACCGUAUAGAACAAGCGCAUCUGAAAUCAUGUGAUCCACGUCACUUAUAAUCGACUACACCCAAAUGAUAUAUUACAGACGUCACCCUGAGAAACAAUUACCGUCCACAGACACCUGCCAUCGCUUGCUUUCACACGCGCUCUGAACUCCUGCAGACAUCCAUUGAUUGGGAAGGUAAAUGUACUGAGACACGGCCAUGUCUUUACGGCUGUUGCUGCAACACUAAAGUUCAAGUUCAGCUUUACUGAAUGUAUAAUGAGCUCUAUGUAAAUGUAAACAGUAUAUACUCACGUAUAUUAUAAAUCGUGUUGAUAUUUAUUUAUUGAUCUGAACUCUUGGAGAAACAUAAUUUAUAAUGUUUAACCUCAAAGUCGACUGCUAGUCUUAUUGAAACGCUGAGGUUGUGUUGGCAUCCAAAGUCUUAAAUGAUGCUUUGCCAUGGUAACGGCCAGGAUAGAAAUGUAAAUGAUGCGUUGCCAUGGUAACGGCCAGGAUAGAAAUGUAAAUGAUGCGUUGCCAUGGUAACGGCCAGGAUAGAAAUGUAAAUGAUGCGUUGCCAUGGUAACGGCCAGGAUAGAAAUGUAAAUGAUGCGUUGCCAUGGUAACGGCCAGGAUAGAAAUGUAAAUGAUGCGUUGCCAUAGUAACGGUCAGGAUGAAAAUGAUGCGUUGCCAUAGUAACGGUCAGGAUAGAAAUGAAAAUGAUGCGUUGCCAUGGUAACGGUCAGGAUAGAAAUGAAAAUGAUGCGUUGCCAUGGUAACGAUCAGGAUAGAAAUGAAAAUGAUGCGUUGCCAUGGUAACGGCCAGGAUAGAAAUGUAAAUGAUGCGUUGCCAUGGUAACGGCCAGGAUAGAAAUGUAAAUGAUGCUUUGCCAUGGUAACGGCCAGGAUAGAAAUGUAAAUGAUGCGUUGCCAUGGUAACGGCCAGGAUAGAAAUGUAAAUGAUGCGUUGCCAUGGUAACGGCCAGGAUAGAAAUGUAAAUGAUGCGUUGCCAUAGUAACGGUCAGGAUGAAAAUGAUGCGUUGCCAUAGUAACGGUCAGGAUAGAAAUGAAAAUGAUGCGUUGCCAUGGUAACGGUCAGGAUAGAAAUGAAAAUGAUGCGUUGCCAUGGUAACGAUCAGGAUAGAAAUGAAAAUGAUGCGUUGCCAUGGUAACGGUCAGGAUAGAAAUGUAAAUGAUGCUUUGCUAUGGUAACGGUCAGGAUAGAAAUGUAAAUGAUGCUUUGCCAUGGCAACGGUCAGGAUAGAAAUGUAAAUCGUGCGUUGCCAUGGCAACGGUCAGGAUAGAAAUGUGAAUCCUGCGUUGCCAUGGUAACGGUCAUGAUAGUAAAUGCCAUAGCAACAUUUACUUUCUAUCCUGACUGUUACCAUGUGGUGAACACUGUUCAGACCCCAAACUUCACAACAGUUUUUAUUCCAAACAUCACAAUGUAUGUAACAUGUCUUGCACCGAAUCGAAAGGAAUGUUCCGGAUCUAUUGACCGCACUGAGAGAACAUUAUUCUCUAAGUGAAAAUAUUUGUGUAGGUGUAUUAGUGCGUUUCUGAGCCUAUCCUACAAUAUAUAUAUUCUGUCAAAAAAAAUGUAAAAAAAAAAAUUCAACAAAUUAUUUAGACUUUUUUUUUGUGGGACCGGUUCAGAAAGGCACUAAGACGCCUCCAAAAAAAUGUCACCUAGUGAAAUUAGUUUUUUUCAGGGCUUUCCUGCCAAUUUCAAUUCUGUCUAAAAACAAAUUCUCCGUUCUGAACUUUCUGAAAAAACUCUUUUUAACUCCUUGGCUGUUGUUUGGCAUUUAUGGGACGCUCCUGACAAAAAUUUGUUUGAAUAAGUUUUUUUUCGUCAAAGUGCUUCAGAGUUACAAGCCAAUAAAAUAUUUGUCCGUGGCCCAUUUUCAUGACCUUUAUCUUCUAAACGGGUCGUUCUUUAAUAACGCUUACUUUCCGACUUACAAAAUAUGGAAGUUUUCAAUUCAGUAUAGUUUAGUUUUCGCCCAUAAAAGCGAUACAUUUCCAAUGCUAGCGGGCGCUAAGAAUGAAACAGAUCCUAAUUGUGCAGCAGUGAUCAAAGCGGUUGAAAUUCGGCUGUUUUGGUGAUGUUUUAUUCAUAAUCAUAAUGAAAUAAUGAUAUUUCAGUUGUGAGUUUGCGGUCUGAAUGAGGAAAAAAAGAGCUUCUACCACAAAAUAACGGCAAAAACAACACGUGUAUGGCGUUGCGUUCGCUGCAUCUGCACUCAAACAUACAGUUAAUGAACGAAUGACUCGUAAGAGCCAGUCUGUACUGAAUCACUCCAAAUGACUCACGAGUUGUGUUCUGAAUGGCUUGAAUCAGUGACAUCCUCUGAAUGAACUGACUGAAUCAGUCUUACUGAAUUAGCAUCGGACGCGCUAAUCCGCAAGUCUUUCAUGAGACGAAGCAGGCUUGGUUUCCUUCAAGGUUUGUAAGACAGAUCCGUAUACUUGUGAUUGAGUCGCUGUGUGUGUCUGUGCAUUAUCUUGUGAACAGGACCAAGACUGUAGUGAUGUUUCACACACUUCAUCAAGCGUCUCUGAUGUGUGAUCAGUCACGUGCUCUGGGCGUCACUGAUUUACAGGUUCUUUAAUGUGCCUUGAGGUGUUUAACUGAAUGACCUUUUGACCUUUGUAAAUAGUGUACAUUAUAAAGCGCUGGUGAAGUGUAUUUCAGAAUGAAUAUGUUGUUGAUGUGUUUGCAUGAGUUAGUGAUGAUCUGCCAUGUGACUUUGUGACAUCAGGUUUAUGGAAAUGUUUGGGUUUAUUUUUACUGUAACUUCAUUGGCAGAUUUGUGUUGAUGCUGUCUCAUAACAUUUCAUUAAACUUCAGAUUCAAGUUUAUUUGUGCCGUGUGUGAUUGCACUCCAUCCACGUCUGCUUUGUUUUGGUUUUAAAGUCUUUCAUUGAUUUCUAAAUAAACAGCAGAUUUGUGUUGAAGGAAAAACUCACAUCUGUUUAAAUGAUUUUGUGCUGCUUAAAAAACAUAUUUAUAUUUUAAACUAAUCACUCGUUUAGUUACACAACAGCAGAACUUUAUUUCUUACAGCUUUUAUAUUGAUUUGAUUGGCAGACAUUUUCUAAAACACACACACACACUCGAUAUAUUAAUAUUAUUUGAUAAUUAUGCUGCUCAAUUAUUACAGUUUUUUUACGAUUGCUAUGACAGGUUUUUCAGUACUUUUAACAUUUUUCCAAAACGCUUAACACAGUUAGCACUACAUCCGUCUGUGUAAG